UUCUUUCCACCGGAGGCAUUCCAACUCCAAGCAGAAAAGUCUCCUUUCAUUUUCUCUAACAAAUUGUACAGCCAUAGAAAUGAACAGCUACUUAAAUCUGAUACUUCUUGUGCAAUUUUUAUGCUUUAGACUUUCCCUUGGAGGGGACACCAUUACAGUGAAUGAAUCUGUUUCUUCAGGCCAAACAAUUAUCUCUUCAGGUGGAAACUUUGAGCUUGGUUUCUUCAGACCAGGCGACUCUCGCUCCUACUACAUAGGCAUAUGGUACAAGAAAUUAUACCCGCAAGCAGUAGUAUGGGUAGCAAAUAGGGAUAGACCACUUGAUAGUGCUGAUGCUAACUUGAUAAUUAGUCAAGGCAACCUGGUGCUUCUCGAUAGACUUCAAAACUCAAUUUGGUCUGCACUUUCUGGGAACAUCAAUCCAAAUAUUUCAGUUACUGCAGUUCUUCGUGAUGAUGGAAAUUUGAUUUUGAGUGAUGUGUCAAAGGCAUCAGCGCCCUUACUACUUUGGCAAAGUUUUGAUCACCCAACACACACUUUUUUGCCUGGUGCUAAGAUUGGAUAUGAUAAACGUACACAAAGAAAACAGGUUUUGGUUUCAUGGAGGAAUUUGAGUGAUCCAGCACCAGGAAUGUAUUCUCUGGAAAUGGACCCAAAGCAUGCUCAAUAUGUUAUAAAAUGGAAUAGGACUACAGAGUAUUGGGCAAGUGGUUCAUGGGAUGGCCAAAGAUUCAGCUCAGUGCCUGAGAUGAGGUUAAACUACAUAUAUAAUUACAGCUAUAUCGACAAUGAGAAUGAGUCAUAUUUUACAUAUUCCCUAUACAAUAGUACAAUCACAUCAAGAUUGAUCAUGGAUGUCUCGGGACAAAUUAAGCAACUGUCAUGGUUGGAUGGUAACAUUGAUUGGAAUCUAUUCUGGUCUCAACCAAGAGAACAUUGUCAGGUUUAUGCUAAAUGUGGGGCAUUUGGAGUUUGUGAUGAAGCUAAUGCAACCUGCAAUUGUUUGAGUGGUUUCAAGCCAUCAGAUAGAGAAAAUGGUGGUUGUGUAAGAGACCAAAAGGUGCAGUGUAAUGCAAUUACUGAAGACAGAGAUAGUUUAUGGAUAAGCUCAAUUAUGAGAGUACCUGCUUCUCAAAAUACUAAUAUCACAGUAGGGGAAGCCUCACAGUGUAGAUCUGCAUGUUUCAACAAUUGCUCUUGCACUGCUUAUACUUAUGAUGAUUCUGGUACCUGUUCCAUAUGGACAGGGGAUCUGUUCAAUCUGCAACAACUCAGCUUAAAUGAGACAGAAAGGACUAUAUUUGUCAAGCGUGGCUCACCCGAAGCUCAAACUGAAGCUAAGAAAUCAAUGAAGCUAAAAGAAAUCCUUUCAUCCAUAACAGCUUUGAUGUUUCUACUCAUUGGCAGCUUUAGCUACAUUUAUUAUAGAAGAAGAAUGGCAAAAAGAGCAGAUAGAAGUCAAGGUACUCAAGGGACACAUAUAUCUCACUGGCACAAAGCUGAAGGAGAAGCGAAAGUAUUUAUGAAUGAAAACAGUGAUGAGGCUAUUGAUGUUCCAUACUUUCACUUGGAUACUAUUUUGGAAGCUACAGACAACUUCUCAAAUGCAAAUAAGCUUGGACAAGGAGGAUUUGGUCCUGUUUACAAGGGUAUCUUUCCCGGUGGAAAAGAAAUUGCAGUAAAAGCAUUAUCUAGUCAUUCAGGACAAGGUAUAGAUGAAUUUAAGAAUGAAGUCACUCUAAUUGCAAAGCUUCAACAUCGAAAUCUGGUGAGGCUAUUGGGCUAUUGCAUCAAUGCAACGGAACAAAUAUUACUUUAUGAAUACAUGCCGAAUAAAAGUUUAGAUACAUUCAUAUUUGAUGGAACACUUUGUCAAUUAUUGGAUUGGAAGAAACGUUAUGACAUCAUAUUGGGCAUUGCACGGGGUCUAUCUUAUCUUCACCACGAUUCACGACUAAGGAUCAUUCAUAGAGAUUUAAAAUCCAGUAACAUUUUAUUAGAUGAGGAGAUGAACCCGAAAAUUUCAGAUUUUGGCUUGGCAAGGAUUGUAGAAGGAAAAGUAACAGAAGCAAAUACAAAGAAAGUAGUGGGGACCUAUGGCUAUAUGUCUCCUGAGUAUGCACUGGAUGGAUUGUUUUCCAUCAAAUCAGACGUAUUCAGUUUCGGAGUAGUCGUACUUGAGAUAAUCAGUGGAAGAAGGAAUACAGGAUUUUAUCAGUCUGAAGAAGCCUUAAAUUUGUUGGGCUAUGCAUGGAAAUUGUGGACAGAAAAAGCUGAGAUACAAUUAAUAGAGAAGUCAUUACUUGAAUCAUGCAACAGAAGUGAAGCAAUAAAGUGCAUAAAUGUUGCGCUCCUGUGUGUACAAGAAGAUCCAAGUCAUCGUCCUAAUAUGUCGGAUGUCAUUGUAAUGCUGGGAGGGGAAGGUAUUAACCUUCCAACACCUAAUAAACCAGCUUUUGUAAUAAGGACGCACGCUUUUAGCACAUCAUCAUCUUCCUCCAAUAAGAAAUACAUUGUAUCCAACAAUCAGGUGACAAUUACAGUUGAAGAAGGACGUUAGCAGGAAUUGUGAAGCCAUUUAAUUUGCAUGGAAAGGGCUAGGGGUGACACUAGGACUUAAAAAUGAGCCAUAUUGUACUGCUUUAUCCUUGGUAACCUCUACUUUGGUCCUAAAAGAGUCUAGGGAUAAUUGUGCAUUGGUACUUGGUCAAUAUGAAAAAAGGUGGAAAUGUUGGGGAAACUUUGAAGUGUUUGUAGUCAAACAUAUAUAUUUUUGCUUUAGAAUGUAGUAGGCCUUAGCAAUCAAGUACAAGAGUAAUUCGAUUAUUCCUGAUGCCUUCAAAUGUCUAAUAUUUCAAAUUCUUAUUAGCAAUGUAAUUUUUCUUUCUUAUUCAAUAAGUUAUUUGCCCAACCCAUCU